CUCCCCGCUGACCAGUUUGGGGGUGGGGGUGGGGGGGUUGCAACCUUACGUGAUGGGCUUCUGCGAAAUUGCUGCUGAGCAAGAGGAUGCCGGAGCAGUGAGCAGCGGCGGGCGAGGGGAGCGCACCCGGCAGCGGGCACAAGGGGGGAAAAGUGUCUCUGCGCCCUGGAGCUUUGUCUGAUCUGCCGGCGCCGCGGGUGACAGUGCCGGGAGCCUCCCGCCGCGCCGCGCCGCGCCGCGCCGCUCCGCGGGUGAUUGCCGGGGGGGCGGGGGGAGCCACGACACCUUCGGGGCGCUCUGGUUGCGGUCCUUGCAAACGGAUGACUUGAGAGCGCCACUCCUCCCGGGAGAGCCUGCCGAUAACCCUUCGCUGUGCUUGUUACCAGGGCUGAAGUGCAAGCUGGAGUUCCUGGGGAUCCCCGGCAGAGAGGGCCCCCCCCCCCCCCAGUGUAGUACUACGUUGUGGAGGCUGCCUGUGGAAGUCAUGGAUUGUUACAUAAAGCUCCGUGGCUGAGGUCGGCUCCCUGCUCGGAUCCUCCCCCACCCCCCGGCUCCUGCCUCUGCAGCCCCAAGGCAGCAGUCUGCUGAUUUAAGAAAAGGAAAAAGAAAGAAAAAAAAAAAACCCACAGGGGGAAGGACACAGAAGUUUGCCUGCCCGGAUUCUGCUUCUCCUCUUGGGUGUUUACUCGUCUACACCAUGUCCGCAGUUGCCUACAUGGACUUCGUGGCUGCCCAGUGCCUGGUUUCCAUUUCCAACCGCUCUGCGGGGCAGGAGCACGAGCCUCAGGAUGCAGAGCUGCUGAAAAUGCCUAAUGAAGAAGUGACCAAGGAACUGAAUGACCCCAGAGAUGCCUGGAAGGAUUAUUGUACGUUGGUCACGAUUGCUAAAAGCUUGUUGGACCUGAACAAAUACAGACCCCUCCCAACCCCUUCCGUCUGCAGUGACAGUGUAGAAAGUCCAGAUGAGGAUGUGGGAUCAGACAGCGACGUGACCACUGAAUCUGGGUCGAGCCCUUCCCACAGCCCAGUGGAAAGACAGGAGUCUGGCAGCGUGCCCACCUCUCUCCUCCACAGUGGAGUGCCUGCAAAGGGGAAACUAGCCACUGAAAAAAGACAUAAAUGUCCCUACAGUGGAUGUGGCAAAGUCUAUGGAAAAUCCUCCCAUCUUAAAGCCCAUUACAGAGUGCAUACAGGUGAACGCCCAUUCCCUUGUACAUGGCCUGAUUGCCUUAAAAAGUUCUCUCGUUCAGAUGAGCUGACUCGACACUACAGAACCCACACAGGCGAGAAACAGUUCAGAUGCCCACUCUGCGAGAAGCGGUUCAUGAGGAGCGAUCACCUGACGAAGCAUGCCCGUCGCCACACUGAGUUUCAUCCAAGCAUGAUCAAGAGAUCAAAAAGAUCAGUUACCACCUCAUUUUGAAUAACGGACUACACUGGGGGGGGAGGGGAAACAACACUGGCAAAGACGUAACCGAACAGCACAAGUCUGCCACUGUACAGUUAAUGUUCCCUACUUGCAUUUUUAAAGCACAUGUAGCUAACAUUCAGAAUAAAUUUUUUGUCCCCCUGUGCUGGUAACAACAGUCUUAAAGGAGUGAAUUGCUAAGUGAGGGUGGGGGCAGGGAUGGGGGUCAGAUAACAACUUUAUUUUGUAAUUUAAAGAAUCAACACUGGUGUAUAUAUGUCUGACUGGGUGGUUUGACCUGUGAUACCACAGUAGUGACUCCAAGGUCUUUGUGAUUGCUGUGUCAAACAUGUUUUGUUGAACAAUGUAUGCUGCUUGUAUUUAAAAUUUGUUUAGUAAAACCACUUUCCAAGUCACUUAAAUAAUUCUCAACAAAACUCCAUAGCACAUUUUAGAAGUGGGUUUACUUCUAUCUCAGAAUGAUCCAUCAUUUAAAGACUGUUAAGAAAAAAACAUUACAUCUGUUACUAAUAAUAUCUGAUUGAUAUACAAAAAUUAGUUGAAUUUAUACUAAAGAAGACCAUUAAGUAACUGGGUCUUUUUAAUUUUUCUUUGUAUGAACUAUACUUUUGAAUAUUAGCUGCACUUUUUCCAAUAAAAAUGUCUAUAACUUAAGCUGAUACUUAAAGCAAAAAAACAAAACAAACAAAAAAAAACCCAAAAUGGAACACACAAAAAUACUCAAGACUUUUUCUGACAAUAUGAGUACUUAGCUCGAUUAUUCAGUUGCCAGGAAAAAAAAAUAUAAGUCAGCCUAAAUAACAUGGCAGGGGAAUGAGAAUAGAAACACACCUCUCGUAAUUUCAUUUGAGAAUAUAUACCGUACUGUACUAUAUAAAUGCCACUAACAGUGCUUUACUCUGCUGUGUUUUGUUUGAACGGAUGCAUAACAGCAGCUACCAUCUUCAAAAUGCUGCUUUUUUAACAGGUUUUUUUCUUCUUUUUCAUACAUUUGCCUUAAAGAUUUAUUCUCUUCAUACAUUUGCCUAACUCCUGUAAAAUCCAAUGGGAAACGUAUGUGCUUACGGAGAGACUAGACCUUUCCGUAACAGCACUCUGCUAAUGGAAACAGCUAAAAUAAUUUUCAAGAGCACUUUACAGAGGCUCCUAUAUCUUCUCAUAGCUGUUGUAUAAAGCAUAGGGGGAAAAUAUGAGAUAAUUGGAAGACAUGUCAUAAUAUUCGUAUGACAUACACUUCACUGCUAUGAACGUUGUAUUAUACCAGUGUGUCAUACCUGACACAUUUAACUAUAAUGGCAAUAUUGCAUUCAUUUAAAGGCUGGUUUACUCUGUAAGAGUAGAAACAACUUAGAAGGAAAACAUAAAGUCAUAUGCAUUAUCUAAGAAUUUCUUUGCUUAUGUUAAAAGAAUGAACUCUAAGGUGGUUAUAAUGGAUUUUUCCCUCCCUAUCUAUUCAGAUGGUGGAGUAUUAUGUUUACACACUUUUCUUUCAAGAAACAUUCUUUUCAACUUUGUUUUUGACCCUUCUUCAAGCAGAGGAAGGGGAGGUGCAGCCCUACUUUAGGCACUCAGGGCCAAGUUCAACAAUGGAGUAAUCACACUGAAGUUAAUGGUGCUUACACUGAGGAUGAAUUUGGACCCUCUUGUAAACUUUUGUACAUAAAAAUCUUGUUAGUACACUUGCAAUUAUAGUAUCUUCUUAUUGUUUUACCUGAUAAAAAGCUUGCUUCCUAGAAACAAACAAAAAUCAACUCAGAGAAUAGAGUAUUUUCUUCUAAAAUUAUAUAUGCUUUCAGCAUUAGAAAUCGGUUCGCAAAUAGUGUUUUUACCUGUGUAGUUCAUUAUAAAUUCCAUCCAUGUGAAGAGAACUGCUUUUAAGGCAUUAGGGAUAUUGAGCAGUCUGUGGAAUAAAAAGGGAUGAGUUUUCUUCAGUGAAAACAUCAGGAAACCAAGCACACUUUCUACCUCCGUUUCAGCUUUUGAAACAUUUAUUUUAAAUACCAAACAUUAAUUUCUGGUGUCCAAAAUAAGCUGUAAGGACAUUUGUUCUUCCUAAUAAAAUAGAUAGCCCAAUGAGUUCUACUGACCUAGUAUAAAAAUAUUUACCAGUACUGUUAAUGCUGCCCUGUUAAGUGAGGUCAGGACUACAUGUAACCAAGUGACUCAAUAUUUUACACCCAUCUCAGCUUCUGUACUGAAAGCGUUAAUACAAAGCCUAGAGUCAGUCCUGCAGACUAACUAUACUGUUGCAGAUUAACUAUUUUGUGGGAAAAGUGCAGGAUUUAAACAAAUUAAAGGUCUGAUCUUAUGAAAUGCUAAACACCCUUCCCUCCCAUUUACUAUAUUGGGAGCUGCAGCUGAUAAGAAUCUUGUUUAAAAUGAAAAAAAAACCCAACAAAAAUGACCUCUAAAUUACCAGUAGAAACCUAAGUACAGAUGUGGCUGUCCAAGGUUAGUCAUGCAAACCUGAAUAUUUGGGGCAGAACAUACAUUUCUACCCCCAAACAUUUGUUUUUCAAGUUCUAUAAAAAGUAGUGUAUUCUCCCAUAUAUGAUGAUGGAAAGUAUAAACUCGUGUCUAUGUUACUUGCAAUAAAAUCAAGUUUAUAAGAAUUUCCAAACAGGAACAAACAUUUGAAUUUGUGUUAGUAUAUACCGUAUCUUGGUAUGGUCCAACGGGACAUGGUUCAUUAAUCACUAAUGAAAACAUAAAUAAAGAUUGUUUUUUAGUAGAAAUAAAUAUUUGAUUUAAUGUGUAAAGCAAACUACAGGAUAGUCAUUUGUAUCCUAAACUGAAUUUUUGGAAGAGACGGUGGCAGGUGGUGGAAAAGAAAGAAAAAUCAGGUUCUCUAAUAUAUGUACUUGUCAUACUAUUGGAAAUACUAUAGACUGAAGUUAGGACAGCUCUUCUCAGUUACAAAAGCCCUUCACUAUUGCAUAGAGAAGCCAUGGCUUUAAAAAGGUAUAGCUAUACAAUAUACUUCUUUUGUGAACAAUUUUUCAUGACUUGCAUUACAGGUCUGUUUUCAGUUUGCAGAUGGACUUAGUCCAGUAUGCACCAGACUGGACACACAGUUCAAAAUGCUGUUUUACAGAUUAAUGAUCUGUAACACUGUAUAAUACCAACCUUUACAACAGUUUAAUCAGUUUUAUUUUUGUACAGUAUUCGUAUCCUUUAUAAGUUAUUUUGCCGUCCUGUUUUGUAAAUCACAUGAAAUUGUACAAACAAGUAGGUCUAGGUGUUUUUGUACAUAUGUAUAUAAAUUGUCCAAAUAAAAAAAACUAAAAAUGAA